UGUCAAGAAAAUGCUUGGAUUCUUGAACUCGACUCAACAACAACUUCGUACAGCAAUGCAGAAUAUUGCGCAAUUGAAAGAAGAAAACAAGCACAUGAGAUUUAUGAAUAGCAUUAAGAAAUUUGAUGAGGAUUUGCCUGAACUUGCUGACAAGGAAAGGGAGCAAGCUGAGCAACAACGCCCUGCAAGCGAUGCCCAUAAUUCAACAUUACAGGAACUUGGUUUUGGUGAUGAGGAGCAGGAUUUGCAAAAUACAAGUGGUCAAUAUUCAAUGCCAACUCCGGCAAAUGCAAUGGCAGCGAGUGCGACUGCUGGUUAUGAUAUACCGCAACGUCUAAAAACACUUCAUAAUCUUGUUAUCACUUAUGCGGCGCAAGGACGCUAUGAAGUAGCUGUUCCACUCUGUAAACAGCAUUGGAAGAUUUGGAUUUUUAAGGAUGUUCAACAUUCUGGCUCUCGUUUACCGGUUUCGGCCACUCUUAACAAUUUGGCUGUUCUUCACGGGAAGCGUGGAAAGUACAAAGAUGCGGAGCCUUUGUGUAAGAGAGCAUUGGAAAUUCGUGAGAAAGUGCUAGGUGCUGAUCAUCCGGAUGUUGCAAAACAAUUAAAUAAUUUAGCAUUGAUUUAUCAAAAUCAGGUUGAAAUUUUUUCUUUACUUUCAUGUUUUCCAUCUAUUAUAGUUUGAGUCUAUAACCUUGAAACGGGAAGUCGGGGGUCCUCUAUUGAAUGUAUCAAAAAUAUAAUAUAUCAAAUUUCGUGAUGACAGUAAACACUCUUUAUGAGUCUAUUGGUGACCCUGGUUACUCUAGUUUAGUUUAUGAGUCCAUUAGUGGCAUUGGUUUAGUUUACGAGUCUAAUUGAACCUUUAGGAGAUUAAUGUCGGCUAUGGGUGAUUUUAUUGGUCUGUUAUUCCUUUAUAAGUAAAACGUUUGGUGGUCGUGGUCGGCAAUUUUAUUAGAUUCUCCGGGUUACUGGUGCCAAAGCAAUAGAAUAUUUCAUCGGGGGCUUCGUGUGGUUUAGCGGGUUUUGGAUGAUAUCGCGGAGUUAUGGGGAUACAGACUAUUUGAAUUUGCCCCUCAUAAUAAAUAUUCUCUCUUAAAUU